CCCUGUUGGUCCAACCACAUCACCACGACGCUCCCACGGCAUCGACUUGCAAGGUGCUCCCACCUUCGACGGGGUCAUACCUCGGGUCAGCGCUCCGCAGCGCUGCUCUGCGAUCGCACCAUUGCCGCAUCCCAAGGGCAGCUCCCACACUCACCACUAUGGCACACGCAGGGCCGUCCACCUCCUCUCCCAGGAAGGCCGUACCAGACUACCUCCACUCCCUAUCCGCUGCCCAGCUCAAGGCAGCAACUCACCCUUCGACGGGAGCACUAUGCAUCUCUGCUCCUCCUGGAUCUGGCAAGACGAGGGUGCUGACCUCCAGGGUGGCAUGGCUCGUCAGGGAGGAGAAGAUCAUGCCGGAGGAAAUGGUCGUCGUUACUUUUACUAACAAGGCGGCCAAUGAGAUGAAGCAAAGGUUGUUCAAGCUGAUUGGGGGAGACAGGACGUCGAGAUUGGUACUAGGCACCUUCCAUGCCACCUGUGCUCGCUUCCUACGCAAGUAUGGACAGCUGAUCGGUCUCCAGAACAACUUUUCCAUCAUGGACGCAGAUGAUUCUCGAAAGGUCAUCAAAGCCAUCUUGGGAGAUAUGAAGGAACAUCUCGAUGCAGAGAAGCUCAAGAUUACCCCGGAGACUGCACAGAGCACGAUUUCAUGGGCCAAAGCAAAAGACGUUUCGCCGGCGGCAUAUCGUGCGACGAUCAACAAGAGGAGUACAGCCAAGACAUGGCGAGGGGACGAAAAUGAGACUUCCAAUUGGAAAGCGGUCAUUGCCAACGUCUACGAAGAAUAUCAGGACAGGCUACAAGAAUCGAAUGCUCUCGACUUCGAUGAUCUACUCGUCUUCGGUGUGAAGCUUUUGAGGAAACACCCUAGUGUCGUGGACAACAUUCGUCACGUCCUAGUAGAUGAGAUGCAAGAUACUAAUACUACCCAGUAUGAGCUCAUGUCGCUCUUCGCCAGCGCUACACGUUGUGUCACCACCGUAGGAGACCCUGAUCAGUCCGUCUACGGCUGGCGAGCGGCGGAGAUCGGAAACCUCGAUAGGAUGUCGCGGGAGUUCAAGACAUCACACUGCCUUCUCGAGGAGAACUAUCGAAGCACUGGCAAGAUCCUCGAGGCUGCUUUGGCAGUCAUUGAGCAGGACCCUGCCCGAGUGGCCAAAGGGCUCUUCACCUCGCAUCCGGCUGGACCUCCGGUUACGCUCAAAGUGGCCACUUCGCCUCAGGCUGAGGCGGGUUUCAUAGCUACAGAAGUCAAGCGACUGAUUGCUCACAGUGGUGGAAUGCUGAACUUUGGUGAUUUCGUCGUUCUUCUUCGUUACAAUGCUCUCAGUAGAGACAUCGAACAAGCCCUGCAAGCCGAAUCAAUACCCAGCCGCAUGGUCGGCGGCUCGAAGUUCUUCGAUCGUAUGGAAGUCAAGGACAUCCUGGCUUAUCUGACCCUCGUCGUCAAUCCGGGCUACACACCUGCCUUCACACGCGUUGUCAAUGUUCCAAAGAGGGGUAUUGGCGAGAAGAGCGUGGCAGGCUUUUUGGCCUCGGCACGUGAAGAGGGUGUAUCCGCGAUGGUGCUGGCGGAGCGAGUGGCCGACUCUCCAAGCAAGAAACCACUCUUUGGCGUUAAGCCAAGCAACAAGACAGGUCUCGUCCAGCUCGUCAAUGGCGUCCGCGAGCUUCGCGAUGCUGCUGCGAAAGGCGCUCAAGUCCAUCGACUCAUCGAGAUGGUCCUCGACAACAUCUCGUACAAGUCUCACAUUUCCAAGGAGCCUGACUUUGACUCGAGGAUGAAGAAUGUGGAAGAGCUGAUGAACUUCUCUAAGAUCAUCAUGGAAGCUGCGGGGUCUCUUCAGGAUCUACGAGAGCUGAACAGGCCGGAUCGCGAGGACAGCUUCGAAAAUAUCCGAUAGCAGUGACGAAUCGGCCAGGAACACACCAGCGCCAUCAAAGAAGAGUAAGAUGAGCCCUCAGAAACAAAGCGGAAAGAAGAAUCCUC